AUGUCAUUUGUCGGUGGAGGAGCUGACUGUUCAGCAAAUAGUAAUGCUAUUGCUCAAUUUAAUAAACAUACCCAGCAAGAUAGAUCUUUGCAGAGACAAGCGGCAAAUCAGCAAGGCAUAAUCCAAAAUGGUCAAGGUUUUAAGAAAGAUAAUAUGAUGAAUGAAAGGGAAAGACAAAAUUUGGAACAGUUUAUGAACAAUGGUCCUUCUCAAUCAAACUUCCAGUUUCAACCAAUGAGACAUGAAUUAAAUAUGAUCCAACAAAACCACAAGCAGCCUAAUCUUCAGAACAAUUGGACCAAUGAGUUUCAAACGAACUCCCCAUCUCCGAUACAGAGAAACACACCAUUAGCUAAAGCUGGAAGCCCCGUGAACUCCCAAUGGGCCACAGAAUUUCAACAGCCAAUGGAUCAAAGUUUCAAUCAACCAAACCAGCAACAGUUUAACAAUAUGCCUAAUAUGAGAAUGGGGGGAUAUCGCCCUAUGAUGGGUAUGUCUAUGAUGGGAGGAGGCAUGCAACAGCAGCAGAACCAAGUACAACAUCAGGAACAAAACCAAGAGCAUCAAGUUGAUUGGGAUAACCAGUUUAAAGAGAUAGAACAAUUGACAAACGACAAUAAGGAGGCUGAAGCUGAACAAAUUAAAGAUGAAGAGCAACCAGAAAUCGUUAUUGAUGAUAAAUAUCAAGCAACUUUCCAAGAGGUUUGGGAUAGUUUAAACUCGGAAGAAGUGGAGAACGAUUUUAUAAGCCAACAAUACGAGGAAUUCAAGAAUACUCAGCGCGAUUCAAUGCCUGCGGAUAUGGCUCAGUGGGAGAAGGAUUUCGCUAAAUAUGCAUCCACUAGAGCUCACUUCGGAGAUUAUCAAUUCGAAGAUACGCAGCAUAACCAAUUUUUGGAUUUACCAAAAGAGCUGGAUCCAUAUGAAAUUGGAUUACAGUUAAUGGAAAAUGGUGCCAAGUUAUCAGAAGCGGCUCUAGCAUUUGAAGCUGCUAUUCAAAGAAAUGAAGGUCAUAUUGAUGCCUGGUUGAAGUUGGGUGAAGUUCAAACACAGAAUGAAAAAGAAAUUGCUGGUAUUUCAGCAUUAGAAAAAUGUUUGGAAUUGCAUCCUGAAAAUUCAGAAGCUUUAAUGACUUUGGCAAUUUCAUACAUCAACGAAGGGUAUGAUAAUGCUGCAUUCGCCACAUUGGAAAGAUGGAUAUCUACAAAAUACCCCCAGGUUGCAGAUAAAGCUCGUCAACAAAAUCCUGCGAUCGAUGAUGAGGAUAGAUUUUCAUUAAACAAAAGAGUCACAGAAUUGUUUUUAAAGGCUGCACAAUUAUCUCCAAACCUGGCCAAUAUGGAUCCCGAUGUUCAAAUGGGUUUGGGUGUCUUGUUUUAUGCCAAUGAAGACUUUGAUAAGACUAUUGAUUGCUUCAAAGCUGCCUUAACUAUUAAGCCAGAUGAUGCGGUAUUGUGGAAUAGACUAGGCGCAUCUUUGGCCAAUUCCAACCGUUCUGAAGAAGCUGUUGAUGCAUACUUCAAGGCCUUAGAAUUGAAACCAACUUUUGUAAGAGCAAGAUACAAUUUGGGUGUUUCAUGCAUAAACAUCGGCUGUUACAAAGAAGCUGCAGAACAUUUACUUAGUGGCUUAUCAAUGCACCAAGUUGAAGGUGUCGAUACUGAUGCCUCAAGUACCUUAAACCAUAAUCAAUCAACUUCCUUGACAGAAACAUUAAAGAGAGCUUUUAUUGCAAUGGAUCGCAGAGAUUUAUUAGAAAAAGUCAAGCCUGACAUGAAUAUAAAUCAAUUCAGAGGUGAAUUUAACUUUUAA